UAAGCUUAUGGGAGCAGGGGAAAUACUUGUUUUUAUCACCUUUGAAGAUGACUUGGCUGAAGUCAUUGUUCUCAGUGAACAUGUCUUCCUUCUCUUUCCUUUCUUCUUUUCUUUUGUUCCACUUUCCUCUUUAUACUCUAUUUCUUCCUAUUUUAAGUUGCAGCUUUAGAGGUUUAGAAAUCCAUGUGGAUUAAAUGUUGGUUUACACAACUUACCUCUUUCUGUAUUAGAAUUUUUUCUAAUUCUGAAGGUACAGUAUAUUGUUAAUUGCCAAUGGUAACUUUAUGUAUAAGCCAUAUUUUGUUUCAUUAACUUUUUUAAAAAAUACGUAACUUAAAAGCUACAAUCUUUUGUGAACUUUGUAUGCAGUUACAUUUUCUUCUUACUUCUUAUUUGGUUGUAAUUGUCCUCCUGCACUGACUUAAGUAACCUGUACAGAAGCGCUACAAAGAAAGUCAAAACUUGUACAAUUUUUACAAUGUGUAGUAUUAUGAAUUAUUUCAGGAGACAUAGAUGAUUGUGACAGAUUGACACAAACCUGCAUGUAUGAGCAUCGGCUUCCAAAAACCCUUUCUCCAAUAUACGAGAUGGAUGUUGGAGAAGCUUUUGAGCAGAGCAUGGAGUCUGAAGUGAAUUUUCUAGAUAUGGAUUUUGAAGACCAACAGUUUGCCGAACAGGACUGGACUCUUCUCAGGCAAUUGCUAUCUGACCAGGAAUCAAACUUGGACAUCAAAAAUUCUGUUCCCGAAGACCUUAACUUAGCACAGUAUCUCAUCAACCAAACACUAUUUCUGGCACGAGACACUUCACAACCUCAGGGUAAAGCACAGUUUGACACUUUCAGUAAGUGGACUGAGUUAAUAUCUCCACUGGAUGAUUCUUCAGCAAGUAUCACAGUGGCAAGUUUUUCUUCAGAAGAUUGUUCUUCCCCACAUGGGGAGUGGACAAUUCUUGAACUGGAAACCCAUCAUUAAGGUAUCUGUUUGAUAUAGGACUUCUCUCUUUUUCUCUCCCUUCCUCUGCAAGUAAAUAUUUUGCAAUAUUUCCAUAUGAUAACUAUUAUAUUGGUCAAGCAUGAACAAUCCAAUUCUAAGUAAAAUUUAUUUGCAGGUAAAAUCAUUUAAGUGGAUGUUUCUAAAAAGCAUUUGCAGUUUCUUUUUCUUGACUUCUUAGGAAGAAUUCUGUGUGGAAAAAACUCUUGGCUUAGUGUAUUCUUACUGAUCACUUAGUCAUACCUUCCUGGAUGUUCAAUGAAUUAAAAUAGGAAUGCAAAAAAAAAAAAGUCGUGCUACCAAUUUUUUCUUGUAUCAUUCUGCAUUUAGUAGCUUCAAAUAAAUUCACAGUGAUUAUGUCAAGAUGUGUGCCAACAGUAUUUUAAAUCCUAGACAUGUAUUUAUGUUUGAAUUUGCAGGAAAGUUUUGAUGCAGCGAUUUAUGAAUUUCUUUAUAAAUAUCAGCAUGUAGAUUUGUUUUCUCUGACUUGUUUUUGUAUCUUUUUUGUUCUGAAAACUUUCAAUAAAUUUUUAAAUUGCUUAAAAAUAAGGCUACACAUAACUAUUAUUGGAAUGUAUGAUACUUAUUUUUAUAGAAAAAAAUGUGUACAGUAAUUAACAAUUCCACUUUUUGGAGAAGAUGAAGGUGAUUAGCAAUUUUGAAACAGGAUGCAUGUAUGUCUUUCUUGGACUAGAAUUGAUAACUUUGUUACAGGAAAUUGAUCUGAGCAAGCGCAGGAACAAAGCAACGUGGUUACCAUAUUUUUAUUAAAAAAAUUCAUUAAACUUCUGUGAAAAAUUUUUCUUUUAUUUGAAACUCAAAUUCUUUUACAGUUUAUUUGUAAGAUGAUUUUAUGUUACUUUGCCUUCAGUAUGUAUGUUAAUUCUUGACUGAGGGAAGCAUUUUACUUAAACUAAAAUCAUUUGAGUCCAAGAGUUGAAUACAAUUUCUUAUUGCAAGAAAAAGGGAAAAAACUUUGUAGGGACUUCUUUUGGAAUAUCACUGAGGCUGAAACUUGAAAUCCAACUUUCUUAUGGCAAGAUGUAUGCUUGGUGCCGCAUAGCUUGGAAUUAGGUGUAUUCUCCCCUUAGUGUGGAAAAUUGUUUAUUUCUUUUACAAUGUGU